GCAGAAGGGAUUCUUCUUGGAGUAACUAAUAUUGCCAAAAAUGGAGAUGAAGAGUUUUGCAGAGCAGAGAGAUGAAUGAUAGGUUUUCAGAUGAAGAAAAGCUGUUGUUCGGUUGUUUUCUCUCCUUUGAGUUUUCUUUGUCCCCUGUUUUUCUUCCAUAUCGCACACAGCCAGCUGAUCAGAUCAAAUGAAUGACUUCUCUAAUAAUUACCCAUCUCCAUCUCCGUCUCCGUCUCCGGCCGGAGAUCGUGGGACCCUUUCGACCGCUACUCCUCCAGUGAACUGCUCAUCCCGGCAUUGCUGCCGCCUCGGAGGCGCACGCCACCACCGCCACGUCACCAACAACGCCGUCACCGGCGCGAAGAGGAGGACGUUGGAGGACGAAUUAUACGGAGAUCCCGUCAAAUGCACCGGCAAGUCCUGCAAAUCGUGCACCGCCGGAGUCAUCGCCGACUGCGUGGCGGUCUGUUGUUGCUGCCCCUGUUCGGUGGUGAACAUCAUGGUGUUCACGUUUCUGAAAGUCCCGUGGAUGGUCGGCCGGCGAAUCUUGAGGCUCGGGAGGAAGAGAAGGAGGAAGCAGAAAUGCUUGAGGGCGGCGGGAGAAGAAGAAGAUCAAGAAUCCGGGUCCGGGGCGGCAACGGCGGAUGACCCGGAAGAAAUGAGUGGUGGGAUUUCGAGAAAAGGGAGGUCUUCUUUUACAUUGUCGUUUCCAUCAACAUUAACGUCGUCUUCAAGGUCAAGGGGGUUGGAUUGGACCGGGGCGUUGCCGGAAUUUCAGUUGCCCGGAGAUGAAUAUUACGAAGAGCUCAAAGACCGGCCCGGAGAUCAGGACGGUGCAUGGUUCGAGGCAGAGCAACAAGUUUGGUUUGAGUUGCAUCAACAUCAUCAAAUCGGCCACUUGGGUUUUGGUAGGGUUUCUUUCACCGGGAUUCCGAUUCCCUGUAAUUGAAUUUAUAUCGGAAUUUCAGGGAAUCAAUCAACAGCCAAUGAUUCAGUUCCUGGUGUUUUCUCUUUCUUUUUCAUUUCCUUUUCCUUUUUUUUUUUUUUUUGGUUAUGCUUCCAACCAAAAUUUUUAGCCAGCUACCAAAAGGGGUUGGUUACUAAUCAGUUAUGUGAAAUUAGUGUAAUUAAAUUAGGAUUAUUGGGAGUCUGUCUAGGUUUUUUGCCAUUAGGCCUUGCAUUUUUAUGAUGUAUUGAUGAUUGAAUAUGCAAGGAAUUAAUGGUAAAGAGAAACAGAGGUUGAUUAAAUUUACUUUUGUACUUCUACUAUUACUACUGAGAAUCACUGAUUAUGAAGUUGUACGUAACGUUUUUUAAUGCUGGCACAUGAAGCCAUGUCUCCUUUGGAGUCUGAAG